ACAAAUUUAUUACACAGACUACUCCAUCAAGUAAUCUCACUGUACUCUAUUUAAAGAAAAGCAUACUCACUCUCUCUACUCACUCUCUUCACUCUUCACUCUUGUCAACUCACAAAAUGAGCUCAUUCAAGGGAAAAGGGUUACAAAUGGAAGACAACAACUGCAAUGGCAAGAUGGCUAAAGAAGAUGAUGUUGAAGAAGAAAGUCGGCAUCUUCCAGAUGAAAUCAUUGCUCAACACAUCCUUCCUUGUCUUCCCAUCAAACCCUUAAUCCAAUGUAAGCUACUUUCUAAACAAUGGAAUCUUAAAAUUAAUUCCGGUUAUAUUAUCUUUAGUGACCCUUUUACCCCUCUUCAUUCCCUCUUUAUUCAAUCUGGUAAUACUUUUUACCUUUACUCUUGCACUAAUCAUGAUAAUGAUGAUGGUGUUGUUGAUAAUGUUGAAAGCAAUUUGGUUAGAUUAGAUGUUAAUUUUGAAGCUGAUACUACAAUUGAUGAGAUUAUAUUGGUUGGAUCUGCAAAUGGGUUGGUUUGUUUAGCUCAAAAAUAUGGAAAAUAUUUCUAUUUGAAUAACCCUAACACUAACCAAUCCCACAAAUACUACCCUGCUGAUUCAUCUUAUUGAGGGGGGCGUUGCUGGGUUAAUUGGGGAUUUGGGUAUGUAUCAUCUGAGGACAACUAUAAAGUUGUUAGGAUAAUCCCAUCAUAUUGUAAUGGAGAACUUAAUAUUGUUCAUGUUUAUUCACUUAGAUCCAAUAUGUGGUCGAUGGUCGAAAGUGGUUUGGGGGAAGGUGAUAUGACUAUAGGUCAUGCACAUCUAGUAAAUGAGACUUUGUAUUCGAGUAUGUGUAGAGGCCGAACCCUUGCCUUUGAUUUAGCCCGGGAGACGUUCGAGUUCUUCCCUCCUCUCUCAGUUAACCAUCUAUUGGGCGAUGCAUUAUGUGUGAUGGGAGGGUGCUUAUCGAAAUGUAGUUCAAACUCUCAAAAUGAUCUGAUUAUUGAGAUUGUGAAACGUCCUCCAAGGGUGUCUUCUGUUGUUUUCUCGUGUGAUUUGAUGAUCGAAGAUCCUAAAGAACUCAAAUACUGUAAACAAUUGUUUGGGUUCACAAAGACUGGCAAAGUCUUUUAUACUCGUGAAAAGCCUGGGAUGCUGGGCUUGCUCGAUCAAUGCUCAAAGCGAACACUUGCAACCUUUGAUGAUCAGGUGUUUAUCAUUGAGAGUUAUGUUCCUACUCAAAGUUCACCUCAUCCUGCGGCUGAGUUGCCUAAUGAACCACCAGAGGGGACUUGGCCGGUAUAUCAGCCGGAGAUACUUCCUGAUUAAGAUCCGGUAUUCUUUUCCUUCGUGUUUUUAAUUUUGAGUUUUUUUUCAUCUUUUCAAGUGGUGGAACAUUGAAUAACUGCAGAUCCUUGUGAACAUCUCUAUUGUCUAUUGAUCAUCUUUAUUUUGUAAUAGAGGACUUGGCCGGGAUGACAACUGGAGAAUCUUCCUGGUCCGGACAACAUUGUUAUACUAGAAGAUGUCCUCUAGUUUUAUCAGACAUGAAAUUCUCUACCGAUCUAGGCAAAUAAAAGAAGCUCAUGAGCGCGACGAUGGUGACAUGGAUUCAUUUUGAUACAAGUAUAUGGUGCUAAGAUGCAAACCUCAUAUUUAUGCGGAUGUUUUACGAAAGUAAGCUUAAUUGGCAAACAAUUUACCAAUCUAGACGCGUGGCCAAACUAUUUACGGAACUGAGCUUCUGACAUAAAACGUUGCCUCGGUCAGCGUUUUACCUUUGGUUAUUAUUUUUUUUUAUAAAAUUUCGUAUUAUGUGAAAUACAAAUUUAAAAAAAAAAAAUUGGAAAUACUGUAAAACGCUGACUCAGUCAGCAUUUUUCUUGUAUCCAUAACAGAGAAAAACGCUGACUAAGUCAGCGUUUUACACCUAAGCAUAAAACGCUGCCUGCUGGCUGAAGGCGGCAACAGCAGCCAGUGCAGCCCCCUUCCACAUCCACCAACACCACCACCCUC